CGUUUAACUACGAAGUGGAAAAAAAAAAAAGUGAACUCACCAAGCGUUCUUUGGCGCUCAAAAAUCCCCAAAUCCUCGGGGAAAUUGGAAACCCUAACUUCCGAAUCGAAUCGAAGAUCGUAUUGUUUCCGGGUUGGAUGAUAGCUACCCGUUGAAUGGGUGGUACGGACGCGAAAGACAUUCUCGGGUUGCGGAAGACGCCACUCCACGAGAAGAAAGCUCGACCCCAGAAGGAGUCUCAUAGAAAACCCGAUGGCAUUUCGCGCGAAAGGAUUGAUUUUUCAGUUGAAUUGGGGCUGUUAAUAUUAUGUGGUCUUUGUUGAAUUGCCUUCAAUUGAUGUUACCCACUUAAAGCGUCCUCCUCCACCUCAUGAGAUGGUUGCUUGGCAAUGGCUUCACAUCAGUUGUUUCAAUUGUGUGAAAGGGUUUGAUCUCCGUUUCACUGUCAUUGCUGAUCGCUUCCCAUUAUCCCGGACUCUAGAGAGUGUGUGACUCGGGCCCUGCUGCGUGCUAGAGCUCAGUCUCCAGCAGAUUUGGCAAACCAUCCUCUGAUGAAGGAGCCUUAUGAUAUGACACGCGAUAGAGAGCGCAAACGUGCAUUGUCAAUGGUCCUGUCCCAGAGUAGACACCAGGAGAAGAAAGAUGCUGAGAUUCUUGCUGAGGCUAAAAGAAUCACAGAGAUUCGUUUGGCUGCACGUCGUGCGGCAGAUCUUGAUGUGUCUGGGAAUGAGAAUAUCGGUCUUGAUAAAGCUGAUGGAGGUCCAGGGUGUAGUGUAUCUCCAUCUUCCAAUUCUCAACUUCCUGCAACUGCCGUGGCUCCAUCAAUACUAACUAUGGCAGAUUAUGCCUCUACUCUUGCUUCUCUGCGCAUGCUUCAUGUGUACUUGAGAACCUAUGGACUUGAACAAAUGGUUCAAGCUGCAAGCUCUGCUGUUGGUCUUCGAACGAUCAAGCGCGUUGGGCAGACUCUGCAAGAUCUCGGGGUUAAUUUAAAGCCAAAGGUUCCUACAAAAACUGUAUGUGAUGAGUAUCUUGAAUUACGGAAAGAAAUUCUAACACUACUGAAUCUUCAGAAGCAGCUACAGUAUAAAGAAUCAGAAGGCUCAUCACACCGUGAAGGGACCUAUGCCGCAAUGCCAGAUACUCCAAAGGAAUUUCAGCUGAAAGACCAAUCAAGAAGGAACCGAAGCGCAAGGGUCCUGGAAGGCAGGCAGACACUCCUUCACCAGCUCAUAAGCGGCCUAGAAAAUUGAAAGCAUCUGAUCUCUAAAAAUGUUCUCACUACUGAUUCACUAUUUUCAUUUGCAUGUUUUGCCGGUGACGCUGCACUAUUUUGAAUUGUCCCAAGAAUAAAUUUGUCAAUUGUGAUUCCAAGUUUUAUCAAGUGUAGACCAGUCUAAAACACAAGAACCUACAGUACAGUCAUCAUGUCCAAAACACGAGUUUAAGGGAUUAGUAAAUUUAAACCAA